UUAAUGAAUCCCAGAUUUUUUUUUCUUCCGAAAUUCCGUUUCGGCGCAGCAGUCAUCUAAUCCAAGUCAUCUGCGGAGUUGCAGAAUCGCCCGCACAUCCUGCGCUUUGCACUCCUUGGACAUCUUCACCUUUCCCCCUUUAACAAACGGACACCAGAGGGAUCAGACAGAUGUGCAAAACACGUGGUUCGGCAGCAAGUAAAGCCCGCAGACUUGGAACUUCCUUUCUCGUUUGAAAUGUUUGUGGUUUUCUGAUUAUAGCCAGUGGAGUCCGAGAAGACGCACUGGGAGAAAGACGCUCCGAAACAACGACCACAGCGCAGUAGCCAGAGCUUCUCCCACAGCAGUGAGACAGACGGCCGUCUUCGGACUGUAUGGACUGGGCUUUAAACUGCUAGCGCGAGAGACGGCGGUGCAACUGGGCAGGCGAAUCAGAACAUCUUGCGAGAAGCGGGAGAUGCGAUAGAGAGCUUUGCUUUGUAACUUUAUUUCUAGAGGCUGUUCUCCGGUACCACGAUGAAAGACGACUUUGUUGAGGAAGAGGAGGUUCAGUCCUUUGGAUACAAGAGGUUUGGGAUUCAAGAAGGUGCCCAGUGUACUAAGUGCAAGAAUAACUGGGCUCUGAAAAGUGCAGUUGUACUUCUAUACAUCCUGUGUGCCUUAUUAACAAUCACUGUAGCCAUUCUGGGAUACAAAGUGGUUCAGAAAAUGGACAGUGUCACGGAAGGAAUGGAGACUUCACAUCGAUUGUAUUCAGAGAAGCUGACUGCUGUGGAGGGAGAUUUGAAAAAGCUUGAUAACCAGGCAGGAGAAAAAUCUGAAAACACCAACAAUGAACUCUCAGGGUUCAAAUCCAAGAUUCAAACCUUACAGCAGCAGCUUAGUGAUGUAGCUGAGAAGGCAACACUGAAUAAGGCCACUCUAGAUAAACUUCAAUAUGCUGGCCAGUCAAUGGAGAACAGUCAUAGUUCCUUACAAACUCUACUAGACAGUAACACUAACAUGAUUAAAACUGUCAACCGCACCCUACUCACCUACAGCAGCUACAUUAACAACUUGCAAGAAGACACAUCAAGACUGCAGACAGAUCUACAAGGUGAGGUACAGGUUCAGAGCCAAGCCAUUGUAAAUAUCAAUAGCCUCAAUUUGACACAAGCUCAACAACGGAACCUCAUCAGUGUUCUUCAGAAAUCCGUUGAUGACACUAGUCAGGCAAUUCAAAAAAUAAAGAAUGACUUCCAGAGUCUUCAGCAGACAGUCUUGCUGGCAAGAAAAGAAACAGAUUGGCUCAAAGAGAAGGUACAGAACCUGCAGGUGUUGGCCGGCAACAACUCGGCCUUGGCCAAAGCAAACAAUGACACUCUUGAGGACAUGAAUAUUCAGCUGAGCACACUUAGUAACCAGAUGAGUAACAUGUCUGUUAUGACAGAUACCCAUGAUCAAAGCUUACACCAGCUCCUUGAACACCAGAGAGACUAUGACAACAGGACUGCAAGCAAGUUUGACCAGUUUGAACAGAGAAUGGAUGUUGCUGAAAGGGAUAUUGACAGCAUCAUCAGCAACAUCAGCUACACCGCUCAGCAUCUUCGGUCUCUCACCAUUAAUCUCAAUGAUGUCAGAACCUAUUGCAGUGGCACUCUUAGUAAACAUGCUGAUGACCUCCUUAAUUUGAACAGCUCACUUGUGGACAUCCGUGUGGACACUACAGGACUCAGAGUGCAGCAGGAUGUCUUGAGGUCACGACUAGACAUUGAGGUUGCUAAUCUUUCCAUGAUCAUGGAGGAGAUGAAACUUGUGGACACCAAGCAUUUACAACUGAUUACAAAUUUUACUAUAUUACAAGGUCCACCUGGACCAAGGGGAUCCAAAGGUGAAAAAGGUCCUCAGGGCCCUGUCGGAGCACCUGGGCAAAAAGGAGAUAGAGGGGACAAGGGCGAUGCAGGACCACCUGGUUCCAGGGGAGAAAAAGGUUCUUCUGGACCAGCUGGUCCUCAAGGGAAUCCAGGUGAACCAGGACCCAGAGGAAGUCCAGGAUCAAAGGGUUCUAAAGGUUCUCCUGGGAGACCAGGUAUACCAGGGCCAAGGGGUGACCCAGGUCCUGCUGGCCUUCCUGGAAGAGAUGGCGUACCUGGACCAGCUGGACCACCAGGGCCUACAGGAGUGCGAGGCAUCAUUGGAGCCCCAGGAUCUCCUGGACCCAAAGGAGCAGAAGGCCCUCCUGGACCUCCUGGCCCUCCUGGUCCUCCAGGCCCUCCAGGAAAUUCUGAAAAUCCUGUAAAUCAGGGAGGACCAAUGGCACUAAAGAGUGAGUCCCCAACCUCAACCACUAAAACAAACGCCACAGAAUGCCCUGCACAGUGGAUUGGUUUUAGAAGCAAAUGUUACUACUUUUCAACAGAAGGACAAAUGUUUGAGGAAGCCAAGAAGCUUUGUGGAGAAAAGUCUUCUACAAUGGUUAUUAUCAAUGACAAGGAAGAGCAGCAAUGGGUAAAAAAACAAGUUUCUGGCAAGGGUUAUUUCUGGAUAGGUUUAACAGACCAAGAAAAGGAAAAUGAUUGGAAAUGGGUAGAUGGAACUACACCAACCUAUGUUAAUUGGAAAGAAGGCCAACCAGACAACUGGAGCCACGGUCAUGAACAUGGAGAGGAUUGUGCAGGCUUGAUCCAUGGUGGUCUUUGGAAUGAUUUCUUUUGCGAUGAUAUCAACAAAGUCAUCUGUGAAAAAGACAAUGACAAAGCUAAAAUGAAAGGAUUAUAGCACACAUGAACGGGACUGAAAAUGGUAUACUUUGUCAGACAAACCAGAAAUGAUGGGCCAGAGUCUGACAAGUUUCAGGGACAUUGGACCUUUGCCUUAACUGUGGAGUCUCUGAAGAUGUAUUAUGACAAUUUGGUAUCAUCUUCACUGUUGGAGUUUCAACACUGACUGCCUUUUGGAGCAAAGCACUACAUUAAUAGCAAUAGUUUAAAUGUGUUUCUGCUGUCUACAAGUGAAAACCAUACAAUCAAUAAAGCAAGAUAUAGUCUUUCCGCACUAAACCAAUGACGAACUGAGAAUAUUUUUUAAAUUUAGGUAUAAAGAAUCUAAACAGUCAUAUGAAAUGUAUAUUUCUUGUGUUUAUUUUACUAAAGCAGAUAUUGAAGCCUGUAGCCUAAUGUUUACCAAUGACAGAAUAUAUAUUUUCUUACAGGAAGUCUCUUUUAAUUUACAACCUUAGUUAAUUUUUACUAGGAAGACAAUGGGGAAGGAAGGAGUGUUGUAUUUUUUUAUAUAUUCAUCUCUGUUUCCAAUGCUUUUCUGUUUAAGACUGAAACCAAACAUAUAAAUCUAAAAUCAUACAGUAGCAAAGACCAGUGCUAUCGUUAUUCCCCAUUUUGAAGAUUUUUUUUCUAUUUACCCUUUCUUUUAAUAUGUUUUGAAUUAAAAGAUUGUUUGAAAUUUCAUAUUAUAUUUUUGAAUAUUUGUUUCAAAAUAGUGCACAUGUAAAUGCAAUCAGUGUCACAUAAUCUUAUCCCCAUUUACAAAAAUGUGCCUUUAGGAUGUUAUAGUCUCAGGGAAAUUGUUUUAUUUCCUAUAUUUGGUACAAUAUAUCCAUAACUUCAGACUACCUAUUCAACUGACUGAUACCGUUGGGAAUUGUUUAAAUAUAGUGCACCAUCCAAAGAGCAAUUAUCAAAGCAAUAAAUCUGUUUUAAUUUAA